AUGUAAUAAAAUUAAGAAGGGGAUAAAGCACUUAAGGAACAAUAUUUGUAAGAUCAAGUCGAGAAAGGUUUAGAUGCUGAUUAAUGUGCCUAAUUUCUAGUCUCUCUUAAACCUGAAGGUGGUGAUGAUAUCGACAAUUGGAGUCUAGAUGAAUUGAGUAUAUUCUAUAUAUCAACUAAUUAGAGUCGGCUAUUGAGUAAUUUAAGGAAUCUCAAAAAUAAGCAGAAGAAUAAUAACCCAAUAAUUCAGAAGAUUAGGGCAAUCUUUAAUAAGCAUAACCAUAAGAAUAGCCAUAAUAAAAUUAAUAGAUAAUUUAAUAAAGUAAUACUCCUGUCCUUGUGAAUUGCUAUUAAAUUUUACCAAAUGAAUUAUCAGGUGAUAAUGUGUCUGUUAAGAUAUUGACGUAAUUCAAUGUCCUAUUCUUAGAUACAAAAAAGAGAGUGCCGGUUUCUUUUCCUCUUCAUACAUUGUAUUCUAGAUUGAAACACAACCUCAAGGUUGGAUUGUUUUUAGAAGAUAUUCAGAUUUUGAAUGGCUAAGAGACUCAUUGCAGAAAUUCUAUCCAGCUUUUGUUGUUCCACCUAUUCAUAAAAAGAGAUCAAGGUCAUUUGAGGACGCCUAUCUUAAUAAAAGGAUGAUAUUUUUGCAGAGAUUUCUGAAUAGCAUAUUCAAAUCCUAUGAAUUGAAAAGCAAUGUAAUUGUGAAGAACUUUUUGAGUUUAACAUAAAAUAAUGAAUUCAAAAAAUUCCAAGAAGUACAAAUUUAUUAAUCCGCAAGAGUAUUACUAAAUCUGCUCCACCAUAAACAGUACAAAGAAUGUUUUCAAAGGAUGGCCAAGUCAAUUGUGUUGCUCCAAUUGAAAUACAUCAAUAUGCCCAUCAAACUUAGGAUUACUUCUAUGAAAUAGAUGGAGUCUAUAAAAAAAUUAGAGUUUUAAGCAAGAGUCUUAAGGAAAUUUAAUUAUAAAAUUCAUUGAAGAUCUAUUGCGUAGGAGAGAUAUUCGCAUCGCUAUUUUAACAUUUAAACAAAUUAAAUUCUAUACUCCCAACUGGAUAAGCAUAAGGUUUAGCUGCUACUUUCUUAAAUUUGAAUAAUACCAUGAUUACAUGGGGAAAUAUUAUUGGAAAAUAAAUAGAAUAAACAGAAGAAUAUUUAAAUAGUUUCUUUAAAUAUUAACAACAUUAUAAUUCAUCCAUUAAAUAAAUAUACGAAACCAGAGCUGUAAUUUAAUAAGAUUUAGAAAAAUUCAAGUCUAAAUUACAUUAUAAAAAGGAAAGAUUAUUUUAAUUAGGAGAUGUGUCAAAAUGGGACCUAAGCAAAGAUAUUAAAUUGAAUCCCUAAGAAUUGUUAUAAAAUAAAAAGCUUGCAUUCCAAAAUAUGUGUGAUUAAGAAACCAAAUAAGAAAUGGGAAUGGAAAUGUUAGUAGGAUAUUACACAAACUAAAUCUUUUCACAAACUCAAUAAUUCUUUAAAUAGCAAUAACAAGAAUUAGUAGGACAUUUUAUUAAAUUUUGCUAAGUAUAAGCUUUCAACAUCACGGAUGUAAUUAUUUAUUUAAACUCAAGCAUCAUUAAUUAUGGGCAGAUGCCAUAACGAAUCUACAAAAUAAUUUAUUAAUUCAAUAGCGGUAGACGCAGAAAGUAGUUGUAGAAAGUAUUGGUUGAUAAAUUGAGAGAAUUUAUUAAUAUAAUUACAG